AGCUGAGUUAUUUUUUUUCUUUUCCAGAGGAAAGGGAAGAGAGGAAACAAAAAUUAGGGCAAAAUUGCGUCUUGAUGUGUUUCACUUUUCUUCUUCGUGUUUGAUUUGCGACUUUCUCUAAGGAAAAUUUAGGGUUUUGAAUAAUUUUUGAUGAAGGAACCUUUGCAGAAGAAGAAGGUGGUUGUUCGUCACUUGCCGCCUUCUCUUUCACAGUCCGAUCUCUUAUCUCAAAUUGAUCCUCGUUUCGCUGAUCGUUACAAUUGGGUUUCGUUUCGUCCUGGGAAGUCCAGCUAUAAAAAUCAGAAGUAUUCACGGGCCUACGUAAGUUUCAAGGCACCAGAAGAUGUUUAUGAGUUCGCUGCAUUUUUCAACGGGCAUGUGUUUGUUAAUGAAAAGGGUGCUCAGUUUAAGGCUGUAGUUGAAUAUGCGCCUUCUCAGCGUGUGCCGAAACCGUGUGAUAAGAAAGAUCCUCGUGAAGGGUCUAUUAGUAAAGAUCCUGAUUAUCUGGAGUUCCUUAAGGUGAUUGCUCAACCUGUUGAGAAUCUUCCUAGUGCUGAAAUCCAGUUGGAAAGAAGAGAAGCUGAGCAGUCUGGUGCUUCAAAAGCGGCUCCCAUUGUUACCCCUCUUAUGGAAUUCAUACGUCAAAAACGUGCUACUGUGAUGGGAUCCCAGGGUUUAUCAGAUGUUCGAAGAGGAGGUAGAAGAGCCAGAGUAGUCUCUGCAAACAAGCCGAGUUCAAGGCCCUCAAAACGAAACUCUGAAAAGAAAAAGUAUGUGGAAAAAGACAGUUCAAAGAACGUGCCUCGGAAGACUACAGCAGACGUCAGCAGCUCUAAGCCAGAUUAUCGUCAGUCAAAUUCAAGUGGAAAUGAAACUGCCCCUGUCAUUGAUAGCUCUCUCCCAGGGAUCGCAUUGACUAUGGAUUCUGGGAAGAAAAAGAUUUUGCUCCUGAAGUCAAAAGACCGGGACAAUUCUGAUAACCCUCCACCACAACCGGAACAGCAUAUUGAAACUAUUCUUUCUGGAAACUCCACGGCUUCAAGACAGAAUCAGAAGAGUGAUGUUGGUGGGAGAUUGAUCAAGGGAAUACUUAUGAAAAGUGACUCACGACCGAGCCAGUCUUCCACUUUUGUCCAGCCUGAGCAAAGAGUGGAACCCUCAGAAGCUGAAAACUACAAACGACCUCCUCGGCCAGCCAACACUCGAGCAGGGAAAGAUUAUCAUGCUUCUGGUACCAUCAGUGAGAAGCAAGAGAGGCGUACAAGAAACAAGGACAGACCUGAUCGUGUUGUGUGGGCUCCUCUUCGUCGUGAUGGCUCCAAUAUCAGUGAGGAUCAACCACUAUCUUCAGCAGGAAACAAUGGAGAAGUGAAAGACAGGAUGUUCUCUCAAAGAUCUGGAGAAGUGGUGAACUCCUCUGGUGGACACACUCUUGAGAAUGGUUCUGCCAGACAUUCUAGUCGCCGUGUUGGAGGUCGCAAUAGAAAAGAAGAGUUGAUGACUGGUGAGGGUAAAACCUCCCGGAGAGGUGGUGGUGGUGGUCCCAAUUCACAAGAGAAGCAAAUGUGGAUUCAAAAACCAUCAUUGGGUACUUGAUAUAUUACAUAACAUUGUGGCUAAAUAUAUGAGCCAUUCCAAUGGAUUUUGUCCUUGAAUGGGAAUCUAUAGAUCUCAAUCGAAAUGGGGAGUAACACUAUCAACAUCACUCGGGUUUUGGAGACUUUUGGUCCAAUGUCGUAAGUCGUAGUAUUGCACAUAAAAGAGGCCGUUCUCAAAGUAGGAAUCAGCUCAAGAUUUAUGAGAGAGAGACAAGAAAAGACUCGUUUGCGGUUCAUGGUACCUGCAUCCCCCCUUUUGGCUUGUGCGGUGUUACAGACAAGUGAGUGAGAAGUGAGAACUUACUCCCAAGUCUGAGUAAUGAAAAUAAAGUCAAAGUGUAUAGGGAGCGGGAAAUACAGUGUGUCGGGUUUUAUUUUGGGUUCCUGAGAGGCCUUAGUACGUGAUUGCACGAUUUUAACCAUAUAAUAGUUUGAUUACUGUGAAGUUAAUUUCUUGCUAAGUAAUAUUUUCUUGUGGAAGUUGGUUUAUUUCAUCUGA